AUGAGCGUUGCUCUGGUGAGAUUUACAUAUGAAUUGAUCUUUAGUGCACUUCCGAUAAAAUCUGGCAAUGGUGGCUUCGCCGAAGUUGAAAGCGAAUCAGUUUUCGGUAACUGCCGCUUGCUACUGAUAAAUGUGGCCACAACCUACAACAUCGACUCAGUCGCGGAAGAAAGCAUGCGGCUAAUAGAGCUUAUCACGAAACAACAGAAGACUACAUCGCUGUCUGAAAAAUCGCUUUCGUCCCUGAUAGUUCUUUUGCGACUACUGAGCGAUAUCGCAGAAACAUGCUGGAAACAGGAAGAGGCGCAAGAAACAAGCCAAACCAGCGAAAAGUUGGGCAAAGAGGAGAUGGCCUCAGCCAACGACGCGGGCUUCUCCACUCAGAAGCUAUGCUUUCACGUCGCUCGUCCCAAGGCGCUUGAAUCUGCUAUAUCACAGCGGCUUGUGCGCACUAUAAGUCGUUUGAAAUUCAGCUUUGGAACCAUGCGGGCGUUACGAAAAUUAUCUUCAUCACAUUAUACCAACCAAACAGCACCGGCCUCAAGUGGUAAAGGCGAAGGUCCUCACGCGGCUGACUAUGAACAGUCGACACUAUUAAAGAUAAUGGACACAAAUUUGGAAUACCUCAGUCGUUUCUCCUCGGCGGCAAACCCUAUCGAAUAUUUGGAGUUCAUUAAUUCCAGUAUCAUAAACCCUUUAGUCGUAACACAUACUUGCAACGACAGCGAUGUCGUACCAUAUUUGGACAUGUUUUCUUCAUUCUACAUUACUUCUACGAAUCUGCCGAAGUUCCUGCAGAACAUAUCAAAAGUUCUGGACAACCUCAAGAAAAACACAUAUCAGGAGUUGAUGCUAAUGUUUACUUCACAGGCUAUCAUGACUUGGAUUUUAUCAAGGCCUCACGAAUACGUUUUGGUGAUAAAUGAGAUAAAGGCUGGUUCAAAAGAUGAUGUAGUACAUGCUAUUUGCAAGUAUUCGUCGUCUCUUUUUGAUGAAAUCUACUCCAGCUUCAAUGUCUCGUACUUACUCACUACCACUGCAACUUCUAAUGCUGCAAUUUCGGAAUUUAAAAGCUCACCACCUUCAUCAGAUGUCUCUUCGCCAAUCUCUUCCUCGGGAAGCACUUCUUACUUUCAACCAGAUAAUGCAGAUUUGAGAAGAUCUUACACAUCUCCACGCCAGGACUUUGAUUCACAAGGUUAUCCGGUAAGCUGGGAUUUUUUGAAUUCGUCAGCAUUGUCAGGAAUUCUCUUUCAAGCAGAAGAUGUCGCGAAUUUGUCCGUUUUAAGAUUUCUUGUGGUAAUGCUCUUAUUUCAACCAAGUACUUUCGAAGAAAUGAAUUUCAUGAGCUUCAAGCAUAUUCCCGACGAGGUGAACGCGAGGCCCGAAGAACCCAUCUCAAGGGUCAAUACAGAUGAAGAAAAGAAGAAACCUCAAUCGCAACUCUCUAAACUCAGACAAUCUAAUCAUAGAAAGCUCCAAACCUUAAAGUUUCCCUCCUUCACCUCAAGCAGCAAAAAAAUAAAAUUUCUGACGACUCUGAUCAAAAAUAUCAAUGGGUCUCAAGUUGUGUCCGACACUUCCCUCCUUGACACAUUGAGGACGAUCGUCCUAAUGUUUAGAGCCGCAUCCUCCAUUCACCUAGCAGAUGAAGAGUCUCUGGUUGUAUCUUUCUGCAAGAGAAUGCUUUUUGUCGUGGGUGAUUUAUUGCAGUUGUGUGACUAUUCUCAAUCCAAAAAGAAUCCAGUAAUUGCUCGGUGCUUAUCUCGCAAUCCAACUUCACACACAAAACUUCAAAUAGCAUUUUUCGCACCGGCUCUUAUUAUUGCCCCGAAUUCAUUUAUUACGCGGUUAAAUCAAUUCACACAGAACAAGCAUACCGGUUUUAAGCAUCUUAGAACACUCACUGAAGGUUUUAAGCUAUUUUUCAGCAUUCCUAAUGUUCCAAAAACAAGUCUAGAAACUGUUUUGAAGUCAACAGAAUUUUUCAGGAAUACUUUGGCAGAAAUGUCAGACGUAAUAAUAAGUGCAUCGCUGUAUUUUUCAGAUGAUAUUUCCUCGAUCGUAGAAGGAGUUCUGAAUGGUUCUCUAAAGAGCGGUGCCGAUGUUUCCAAAGUUGGAAGGUCUCUGUCUCCAAGCUUUCCUUCCAAGCCUCUUCAUCCACCUAUAUCACAAGAUAGUAAUAUCAAGCCUGACGCCGGAAGCACUGCAUCGUCUUCUUCCGCUUCCUCUGAGGGAAGCUCCUAUAAUGAGAAAAGCGGUGUUCAAAAGGGCGCAAGCGAAAGAACCGAAAUUCUAGCUCCACGCGCCAGAAGAUCUUCAGGAUCUUCAGUGUUAGCUGCUAGCAAAAUGAGUUCAAAGCUUUCUUAUUCGUCUGAGGGUGAGAAAUCCGUCCAAGGUGUACGAACGCAACUCGAAAACAUGCACAAAGGCGUCAAGUCACCUCUGAGAUUUUCGCGUUCCAGGGAGCCAUCAGAUGGCAACCUGCCGGCCCUGAAUACACAGCUCAAUAAUCAAAGAUCUGUUGUCGAAAAUUCGGUUCUUUUUACACACAACACAAAUUACACCGAGUUGGCCGACGCGAGGGCUACUUUGGUCAACAUUAUGUCUAUCUACAAGCGAAUGGUUCACUAUUAUUUUAUCUCUUUGGGUGAAUCGGGUUUAACGAAAGUAAUUGAAGACUACAAUCUAUUGAUUAAGCCUUUAUUUGUUGGCUUGGUAGAUGAUCAACCUGUUGUGCAAAAAACUUCAAAAUCAUUCGCCUCAGCAAUUGCCACCUAUGCACUAGACCGUGAAAAUGAGGCCUAUUCGUCAGAUAUCCGUUUGAUUCUCUACAAAGGUGCUGUAUACUUGGUGACUUUGAUAUCUGCGACGCUAUUCAAUCUUAACCUGGACGAUACGAAACGUGAGCAGCUCCUGGAGGUUGUUGUAACCUUUCUAGACGUUCGUUUAGAGCUGAAGUCAGGCUUUGAUUUAGGAAUUCUAAGGGAUAUCGAAAAAGACACUUUUCAAUUACUUCACGGUGCUACGGGAAGGGCUCUAUUAGCUUCUCUCUAUUCACAUGAACCAAGAAUUCACAAGCUGCUUAGAGCUUGCUUUAAAAGCUUUUUGAGGGAGCUGGACUCUCACGACAAGAUUAUGGGACAACCACAUGAGGCCGAAAGGUAUAACAAGAGCUUUUUUCGCUCAAUGUGCAAAGACAGCUAUGUAUCUACGGGCGCAGUCGCGUUCCAAAGACGGCUGAGGAGCGACAUCCUGAAAUAUGUUGAAUUCCCUGAUAGGAUGCUGCUCGACACAUUAAAGUUGAUGUAUAAUCAAUGGCUGGUUUUCAUGCGCAGGCCUCACCUUAGUUCUAUGGAGGCAAACCACUUCAGAAAUAUCGCCGGUAUCAUUGCUUCCAGUUGUGGCACCUUUCUCACUAUUGAUAAGGAUAUGAUUACUGAAAAUCCUGCAUUCGCUAGCACGCAGAACGAGGUAGUCGAAAUGAUUGACUACUUUCUGUCAAUCCAGUGUUCAUGGCUAAAUGACCCGGAUCUUUUAACUCGUGAAAAUUCCAAAGACAUUGUGAGCACUGAACUUCACCCACUCGGCUUUAAAUUACUAUUCGAGCACUUGAAGCUCAAGGCCGAUGCACUCGAAGCUCUUGAUCUCACUGAAACGCAAUAUAAUUCUUCAGUUCUACUGUUAGAGCAGAUAAUACUCAUUUUGCGAACUAUCUUAGAGAGGGAAGAUGCAAAGCAAGAAUUGAUACUUGUUUCCCUUCAACUCUUGUCACUGAUUGGUCAACUGUUCAAAAUUGUUGAGAAUGUCAGCCAUUCAUCUACGAGAUACUACAAGGCCAUUAUUCAUCUUUCGAAGAUGUUGAAGUCGUUUGAAGGUGCUGAGAAAACUUUAUGCGUCUCUGGAUACUUGCUAAUAAAAAAUCAAUGGCUGAGACUGGCCAUUUCAUGGUUCAAGUCUGCACUUUUUAAAGAGUUCGACCUUGAAAACCUAGCUCGUCCUCAUCGUGAAAUGGACCUCAAUCGCAGAGAUCUUGAUUAUCUUUAUAUUGACACUUCUAUUGAGUCGUCUAGGGCGCUAGCAUACAUUAGUAAGGAUUUGAUGCUCGAAGUUCCAAUGUCGAUAUCAGAAAGUGAGUUAAAAAGAUCAAAGGCCGUUACGUUCGGAAACUAUUUUAGUAUACUUUUGAAAGGUCUUGAGAAAACUUCAAGUGUCGAGAAGUAUCCUUCAACUCUUCGUCAUAAGAUUGGCGUUUUAAAUGACAAUAUUAUCAACUGUUUGACAAAUCUUUUGAACGCUAACGUAGAUGUGGGUUUGAGAUAUGCUUUGCCUAUUGGAUAUUCCAAUAAUCAAAGUAUAAAGCUUGCUUUCCUUAAAGUUUUUGUCGAAAUAAUAUCCAAUUUUGACAUUCAAACCGCUGAAAGAAUCGUUAAAAAAAACGAACUGAUUGAGAGCUACGUCACCGAGAGUCUGAAAAUUCCUUACCUUAUUCCGCUGGCUGCAAGAGUGUGCCCGGCAAACGACAUCGAUGCUUUAGCAAGUAGUAUGCUGACUAUCUGCGAGGUGAAGAACGCAUCUCACGUAAUUGUGGUUGAGCUGAUAAAGGAAGAAAUUCAAAGCGCUUCUCGUUAUGCUGAUGUUUUGCGUAGAAAUAGCUGCGCGACAAGGACGUUGUCCAUGUUUUCGCGUCUCAAAGGCUCGAAAUAUUUGACUGAAACUUUAAGGCCAGUUUUGAGCAGCAUUAUUGACAACGAUGAUGGCUUCGAAAUAGAGAAAAUAUCCCCGGAUCACCCCGAUGCCGAGAAGAAUGUACAACUUUUCACGAAGUACUUGGAAAUGCUCAUCAACUCAAUAGUCAACUCUAUUCCUUCGUUUCCCGCCAAGUUCUUUUUGAUUUGCCAGUCAAUAUAUUUGAGUGUAAGGGAGAAAUUCCCAGGCUACGAGACUGUGGCUGUUGGCUCGUUCAUCUUUUUAAGAUUCUUUUGUCCCGCCUUAGUUAGCCCUGAUUCUGAAAACAUUGUGGAUAUCGUCUCUCCCAAACAGAAAAGAGCUUUUGUUAUUCUCGCGAAAGUUAUUCAAAACAUCGCAAAUGGCUCGAUAAACUCAAUGAAAUGGCCACUGCUCAUUUCGAAGGCCUCAUUCUUACAAAAAUGCAGCGAAAGGGUAUCUUUGUUCCUAUCCGAGAUCGGGCGACCCGAUCGCGUAGUCGACCUAAAGCUACACAUGGAACGAAAAGUUACAUUAAACGAGUUCAACUAUUUCCACAAGUACCUUUAUCAACAUGGCCUUGAGGUCAGAAAUGAAUCAAUUUUACGCAUUAGGUCCACUGAAGACUUUGAGACCUUGAAAAGAAUUUCAAAAGCUACUGAUGUUCUCUUGUGGACAUUGGGACAGCCGCGCAUGGAAUUCAGGAGCGAAAUUCCUUCAUAUGUAAGGGACAAAAUGGACGAAAACCCCGAACUUUACGACUUCAUGUCAAGGCACUCAUUGAGGACUUUUGACUUCAAAGACGAUAUUCCUUUUAUUCAUGAGGCGGUUUCAUCUGACGGCCUUCCUAUUGUUGUUCUGACCUACAAAAUGCUCAAGAAACAAACCUGUGACUCAGAGGCGUUAAUAUACCGUACUUUUCAGGUAUAUUCUAAAGUUUGGAGCUCAAAACAUUAUUUUGUUGUUGAUUGCACGGGUAUUGAACCUCUCGCGGCGGAUGACAAAAAAGUUGUGACCUUUUUUUUUAAUCUGGUUCCCGACGAAGUAGCCCGAAAUUGUGCCAAGUUCUACUACUUAAAUAUGACUGAACAAAUCAUAGCUUGGUGGUUACCUAUUUUCAAAGGCCACAAUCCAUAUCUCAGACCACACAAGACGCCUCAUGAAUUUAUCAAUAGUAACACAAGUCCUAAUGUGAUCAAAAGCUUGAAGCUUGACUCAUGCUCCAACGAAGUCUUCUCAGAUGUAAGGGUGACGUUGCAUGGUGUUUCUCUGUACGAUCCCCAGAAAGGCCGCUUUACGCCAGUUACACUGAAGAUUGGUAACAAAUAUGUCCAGAUGAUAUCUGAAACUCCUUACCGUUUCAAAGUUUCCGGUAUUGAUAAUGUCGUGGAAAUCAACUUCAAUAACGUCUACGAAGUUGGCAGAAUUGCAUCAACAGUUGUUUCUUUUGAGACAGGAGUGCCUUCUGAGUUUACGAUCAACUUUGAUGACGGAACAAAUCUUGUUUUGUGCAGCUCCAAAUAUCUUGAGAUUAUCAAAAUAUUCUACUAUGCUCAGGCUAGGAUAGAAGAAGAAUACGAUAAUGCUAAUUACGAAAACCCGAAACAGACCCAAGUGUAUCAAAAUGAAGACAAAGAACACAAUGACAUUUUGGGUAGCCUCAUAUUGGUGGUAUAUGCAGGAUUUUGCAGUAACGAUGAAGACGUUAAGAACAUAUCUUAUAACGUUUUGGCAGCGACUCAGGAUUCAUUUGGGCUUGACUUUGGAUGCAAACUACGUGUAUCUCCCGAAGUUCAUGUUCCCCAUGAUACGUCUGCAUUCUGUGAUUCUUUGCUCAAGGGGCUUGCCCGUACAGCACCAGAGUUGUCUUUAGUGGUUUGGAAAUCGAUUUUGGAGGGCCUGUCAGGUAUUUUUGAAGUGAAUCACAUUCCACACGUUAUUAGUACUCUCACGCCAUGGGCAGCAAACCUAUACAAGCACGUUUACCUGGCAGAUGAUGAAAAGGGACCAGAGAACGUAUCUUUCAUUAUCCGCACUUUGAUUAAGCUCAGUGUGGAAGACACAAGAUUGCUCAUGAUUUACAGCCAGUGUAUUUGGUCGACCUUAAUUCUCGAAGCGGAUUUAAUAGCCCUCAUUGUUGAUGAAGUUGUCAACCACUCAAUUGACAGAGAGUCUGAAGGUGCUGAAUGGAAGAAUGCUAUUUCUCUUCUGACGAGGGUUUCUACCGUUGAAAUGUGCAGUGAAGUUGUCAAUAGAAUAUUGCGCGUUUCUCGAUCAUUUUUGCCGUCCUUGAAAAUGGAAGCUUCGACGAACAGUUGGUCAGAACUCAUAAUCUUAGUCAACAUUACAGUGGCACUAUUUUUUGACUCUCUAUUACUCUCACAAUUGUUCUUGCCCGAGGUGCUUUACAUUGUGUCCCUCUUAAUCGACGUCGGCCCUUCAGAAAUGAGGCUUGCACUGCAUAAGUUGCUGGUGAAUGUGUGUCAAUCCUUAUCAACUAACGAAGCUCUAACCGUUGGAAAGCGAGAAACCUUAGAUAUGGUCAAGGAAACCUUGUCACGCCAAAAGAUGAGAUUUAUGUCGGGUUUCAGUCAAGAUAAGGGAAGAAUUUUACAGAGCUUUAGCGCCUCUUCUUUUCUCAGCAAAUUUACUACUUUGGAGCAUUUUGUGGGUAAUAUUAUUCUAUUGAUGGAAAACUCCUCUGAUACAGAUGGCUUACAAUGGAAAGCGAAGUACAACAAGUACAUAAUGGACUCUGUUUUCAAUUUAGAUUCAUUUCUGUCCGCUAGAGCGGCAAUGAUAAUUGGAAUUAUCGGGCAAGCGGGAAUGUCAGAGUUUCUGUGCAAAAACAUGCUUAUGCAAACAAUCAAAAUUGUAGCUGAGCCACACAUUAACGAUGAGCUGAUAUUUUUUGUGAUAUCACAUUCGUUUACCUAUAGCAAGAUCGUUCUAGGUCUCCAACCAAAGUCGCCUCUGCUGAAGAAAUUGUUUUGGCUUUCAACCACUUUUGCUCAGUCGCCAAACACAAUAUUUUACCAUGGAGGCCUCCUAUUUAUGGCAAAUGCUGUAAGGCGUAUAUCUAGUGUUGAUCGCACCGUGAACAAGGAAUCUUUGAGCUCCAUUCUAUUUGGCAGUCGUGCGUUUGCAGAGCCUUUGUUCAUUGAAUUGGAGGCCAUGGUUGGCCUCAAGUGGACGAAAGAGAAUCUUCCUCAUAUCGUAUUGAGUCUAGUGAGCAAAGGUAUGCUUGUUCCCUACGUAAAAACCACAGCUGUUGAAUGUUUGACUCUCUUUCUGACUUUGGCUCACAAUGACCUGGCUUACGCACCUAGUGAUGACUACCUCUGUUACCUUCUUUUUGUCUACCAAGUUUCGCGUCCCUCAAAAUUAGAGACAAUUUUAAGCGAGCUGGAUAUUGAUGACGAACUCGUUUACUUUGAUGAACAGAAUUUUGUCACGAGAAAUCUUCUGAGAUGGAUGGAGUCAGACUCAGAAACAUCUUUAAUUGCCCUUUACCAAGCGUCCGUGUAUUUUGCUUCUGGUUCCUCUGAUGAGCUGAGCAAGACUCGCUACCUUUUGUUACUGAAUCAUUUAGUGAAGACUAAUCCAAUGAAGGUCAUUCGAAUUUAUUCUGUUGUUCGCACUGAGCUGAAGAGAAUAUCAACUCUAGAUAUACAAUCUGACUUUCCGCAGCUAGUAUUCUCCAUCGCUCAAAAUAUUGUAAUGGAGAAAGAAUACACAUUUUGCGAGACACACUUAGCCCAGACAAACAAAUUCUUGAAGUCAAGAUAUCUUUCAGGAAUUCAAAAUAUCGAAUUUCCGUAUAGUUCUAACGAUUCUAUGGCUGGUGUUAGAGUGAACCCAUACACGUAUUACGAAAGAAAAAAACUAACAGUAAAAAUUCUGUCACGAAUGAUUGGUCCUCAAGGUGAUCAAUGA